GUUACAUUUGGACCAGUAGAGGCGAGGUCAACUGAUGAUUUGUCGGCUACAAUUGAAGAUCCGAAGGAAGACGGUAUGCGAAGCUUUUUAAGUAAUUCUAACAAUACCUUAUUUUACAUCUCCUAGGAGAAUCUUUUACCCGUAAAUGGUUAUGUUUCAUUGAAAUCUUAGACUGAAUUUAUGACCGUUCUACCACGCUCUGUUGUGCAACAAGAGAAAAAAGGCCUCAGUCUGAUAAUGUAUUUAUCGAUCUGCCCAUUCAUUAACAGAAGCUGCGGGAAAACCAGGAGAGACGAGGUCAACUGAUGAUUUGUCGGCUACAAUUGAAGAUCCGAAGGAAGACGGUAUGCGAAGCUUUUUAAGUAAUUCUAACAAUACCUUAUGCUACAUCUCCUAGGAGAAUCUUUUACCCGUAAAUGGUUAUGUUUCAUUGAAAUCUUUGACUGAAUUUAUGACCGUUUUACCAAGCUCUGUUGUGCAGCAACGAGAAAAAAAAGAGCUCAGUUUGAUAAUGUAUUUAUCGAUCUGUCGAUUCAUUAACAGGAGCUGCGGGAAAAGGAAAAAAGAGAAAGAACAAGAAGAAGAAGAAGAAAAACAAAAAGAAAAACAAGAAGAUUAAAAUCACUCCAGUUGGAGACUCAGGGGCAGAUCCAGGAGCUUAA